UUUUUUUCGAAAAUUCGACAUUUUCAUUAGCGUUGCUUCCGGUAAACUAUCGGCUACUGUUUUUAUUGUUAUUUUUAUUUAUUUUACACUCGGUUACAUUUUAUUGAAGUGGUCGAAAUGGUACUGGCGUAUCCGACUAUCUUUGGUCGUUAAACGUUUGUGUUAUGGAUGUUUUGUUCCUUCUGCGGAAAGUGUUGAAUCGUUUUCGAAAAGCGGAUUUUGAAAUCGUCUUACCAGAAUGGGGAUUUGUUGUUAUUGGUGAGGAGGGACUGCACUUGGAUUUCAACCGAGCCACCAAAGCAGUCAUUGUCAGCCGUAUAACAGAAUAUUGCAAGCGCAAGAACAUAACUUUAGAUGAUGUAGCUGAACUUGAUCUAAUUUAUAACCAUUGGCACCAAAACAACAGAAAUUGGCAAGUCUACAGGUUAACUGGGGCAGAAGGUAUGAAGAAAGAUGCACCUAUUGUUCCACCUGAUUUUGAAUUUACCUUACGAAAACAACUUUCCUUCUAUUUCAGACAUGAUUUACACAUGAUGAAAAAAGAGGACUGGAUUUGGUUGAGGAUAUGUUUAAAAGAAGGAGUUGGAUCAGAGUUUUCACUUAAUAAUGUAGUCUACAUAAUGCAUCCUUCUGAUUCAUUAAAUGUCUUCACAUCUACCAUUAAAAAAUCAUAUAAGCAAUAUUUGUUGCAGGCGUUGGUUCUCUCACUUCAUUGUACAAAAAUCAAAGAAUUAGAGUUGACAGGGAGACAUCUACGAUCACUGGCUGAUAUGGUUUUACAUCAACACAGCCAGGGUGUAAUGAGUCGGUAUAGGUAUAAUCAAGUUGAUGAGAGUCCUCUUUCUUGUUUUCGCAAACGUAAAGCAGAAUCACCUCCUGAUAUCUCUGAUGAUCGUUUGAUUUGUGAAAAUACAAAAGAGAAACGGGCACGGUUAUCCCAAACACAAGAAACAUUUGGUCAAAAUAAGCAACCUGUGGUACAAAAACUGACAUAUAAGUUAGUAACUGGAUUUCAUGCGAAUGAAUAUGUUCCUGGUAUGGCGGAUGGUGACACAAAUGUAUUUCACUGUACUGUCAAAUUUGCCGGCACAAGUGUGAUUGAAGGCAUCAGGCAACUUGGUCCAGCAGGGUUAGCAAAAUUACCUCUGCCAUCUCAUCUUGGGAAUAUACAUUCACUGGCAAAAAAUUGUAUGAUUAUAUCUGAAGGAAAUCACUGACAUCCUUACCUGUAUCAUCAAUCUGACAUGCUGUAUUUCGCUGCUCUACAAAUACGCAUCAACACUUGUGUACUUGUUUUUUCCUGCAGCACUGCUAAAUUAGAUUUCUGAAUUGUAUUCACUUACAACUGUUAAUCUUAUGUGAAGUGUAAGGAACCAGGGGAAUUGUAUUUUACUAUUCAAAAAGUCUACUUCAAAUAUUACCGCUGGCCAGUAAUGUUUGACAAGGCUUGCAUUUUGAAACUUUGUAUAGAUUUGUACAGUAUUUUUUGCUUUACAUUCUACUUGAUGUUUGCAAGGCAUUAUUGUGCACGUACUGGACCAUCAUGCAUUCGAAACUGGUGUUAUCCAAGCAAGCAGUAUUCCUAAAGAACAGUUUUGAAGUGAAUUGUCAUAAUGUUAUUCUUAGUAUAUAUUUGAGUGCAUGCAGUACCGUUCAUGCUAUAUGCUGGAAUUGAGUGAAACUGGCUUGCAGCAUGAACAAAAGUUUGUAUUAUCCUGAAUCUGAGUGAGAAACGAUAGAUGCAUGAGCCAUCCUGGUUUGCGCGACAAUUGGUUCCUGCAUCAGUUAGCUGCAUAAUCCGAAUCUUAAUAUCAUGAAUAGCAGGAAUUAAUGAUUACAAUGAUUGUUUAAUAAUGUCAUUAUGACAUAAAAUAUUUGGAGAUGAUAAUUUAAAAAAAUUAUUAUUCAACAUGUGAUCUUUGAGGGUUGUAGACAGCUUAAUGAAAGAACCGGAGUGAAAUGCCUGUCAUUUAAUAUGUACAAUAUACUGUG